UUGCUUUUUUACAGGUUAAAAGCUUAAAUUUGACCUCACAGCCAUCAAAUUGAAGCCCUGUAAAUCGGCAAAGGCAAGGAAAAGCUUUAACCUUUGCUCUGUUUCACAGGUGAGCGAGAGCUUUUGAAAUUUAGUGCUCCAAUGUUUUGGUUGAGGCGGCUCGUCUUCUGCAAUAGAAAGAGAAAAGUGAGAGGGAUAGUGUUCGACAUGGACGGAACCCUAACUCUUCCAGCAAUCGAUUUCCCUCAAAUGUAUCGCGCUGUUUUAGGAGACGAUCAUCCUGAUAUUAAGUCCGGAAGAGUUUCGAGCAUUGAUAUUCUUCAGGAAAUACAAGAUUGGAGCCCUGAAAAGCAGAACAAAGCAUAUGAGAUCAUCACAGACUAUGAGCGCCAAGCCCACGAUCGACUCCAGAUAAUGCCAGAUUUGGCAAAGUAUUUGGGAUGUUCAGGUGUGUCCUCAAUUCUGGUGGUUCAUGAUUUGGAAAUCCACAAGCGAAUCUUUCAGGUUGACAAUCUAUUAUGUUGGUGUUCUUGAGCUCCAGUAAAGAGAUGAUGAUGAUUCUAGUAAUUCAUGUUGUUGCGAUUGUUGUGGUACAAUUCACAUUGCUUGUGAAUGUUCCUAGAUCGUGUUGUAUUUGUGUUGUUGGUCCACAUUGAUCAUUGUGCACGAUAUUGAUCAUUUUCUUGAUUCGGUGGUGUUCUUCGUGUUAUGCGACAUUUAUGGAGUUGUAGAGUGUUGUGGAUGAUUGAGACAUAGUUCUUGGAGGUGUUUUAUAAUUGUGGUGUUGAUUUGGGUCCAUACUAUGUCUAAGGCGACAUUGUUUUGGUCCGCAUGUGUUGUUGUAGCAUGUGAGGUUAUUAUUUUGUAAUUUAUGUUGUGGGUUUAGCUGACCUUGAAAUAUAGGUUGAUAAUUUGUAUAUAUACAUGUAAUAUUCAUUUGAGAGAAGCAUCUACAUGUGCGAAUAUUGUAUUGAUCACUUAGAAGGAGAAGAGAAGAGUGAAGAGGUGUGAAAGAAUGUGUAGAAAUAUAAGAGCAAAGUUUGGGUAUAUGUGCUUAACCGAAACUAUAGUCAAGCAUUAGGAGAUAUUAUUUUCUCAAUUCAUGUAAUCCAAAUUGUUGUCUGAAUCUUUUGU